CCUUAGAAAAAAUAUCUGGAUCGUCAUUGUAAACUUUGGGUUGACGUGUUCACUUGACACAUGGAAAAAGCGGUGACAGCUGAGCCUCUUGAUACCAAAAUAAUGGAAACUCGAUCGGAUUCAAGAAGAAAAAAUUCAAGAAAGAAUAUGGGUCAUAAGAUUGAAGAAAUUUUGACUGUGGAGGAAUCUCGACCAAAGAGCAUGGAAUGGACUGACGAGAAGCAUAGUUUGUAUCUCAAGUCUAUGGAAGCAUCGUUUGUCGACCACUUAUAUGGUUCCUUAGAGGUAGUUGGUUGGCAUUCCCAAAAUGAUGGCUUGUCAAGGCAUAAAUCCUCAAGGCAAAAACAUGCUAAUCCUUCAGGCCAGUAUAAGGUGUUUCGAGAUGGUUGUUGGACCAAAAUUGACUUCAAGAAAGACGAGCCUCAGUUAUAUAAAACAAACAAAUCUGGUGCUGUAUUGGCAAGCCCCUGGAUUAAGCAUUACAAAUCUGCAGGCCGACAUCAAGUGAGAGUAAAUUCAGAUCAACAGGGGAACGCUAUAUUAGUGAAACAGAUCCAAUCUCCUGCAUCUGACUUUGGUUUAUGCCAUAAAGAUUAUGUUACAGAGGUGAUGGAUCAAAACUUUAUCGAUGAAGAUCUUGAAGGAGGACAGUCUAGCAGCAGGGAGCACUGCACAAAACGGACAAAAAUUCCGUUAGGUGCUGCUGGUACAAGCAGUGAUCAAGUAGUUCCAUUUUGCAGAUCCUCAAUGACUGAUAAUCUCAAGGAUCUUCUUGAGUCGACGCAGUAAGUCUUUGGCUUCCAGCGACUAUUAUGAUGACACUUAAUCUCUCUAACCAACAACGACGAAUGGAAUGUAAAAACAGCAGGUGGGAAGGCGUCGCGUUUCAAACUAUUGCUACAGUAUCUGCCCGGAACUAGUCAUGGUUUUUUAGUUCUUUAUUUAUCUGUAUGUUGAAAAUUCGAGUAGCCAUCGAACCUCUGUAAUCCUUGUACAGAUUUUGGGAAAAUGUUGUCCAAAAAUGCUUGCUAUAUCUUGAUGUUCUUA